AUGGCCUCGGUUCAGAUCGCACUAGCAGGUGCUACAGGCAAUCUCGGUCGCCCUAUUCUCGAAGCUCUCCUUGGAACAGGCUACAACGUUACAGUCCUUUCACGCAUAGGCGGAAAUUCAUCAAAACUGAAACCGCACCCAAGCCUUGUCAUCAAAGAGGUUGACUUUAGCUCCGUCCAGUCCCUGACUCCUGCAUUGCGAGGGGUCCAUGUUGUCAUUUCAUGCCUCGCCACGUUAGCCAUUGGCAGCCAGAAUCCCUUGAUCGACGCAUCAGUUGAAGCGGGCGUCAAGCGAUUCAUCCCGGCAGAAUUUGGCAUGGAUUCGCAAAACCCUCUCAGCGUGCAACUCCCCGUUUGUGCUCCGAAAGCUGCGACGCAGAAAUACCUCCUGGACAAGUCAACUUCCAAUCCGGAGUUCACAUUCACGGGGAUAGCCAACGGAUUAUUCCUGGACUGGUGCUUGGAGAAUAAAAUCAUUCUAGAUCUGACACAUCAUACUGCGACUUUAUAUAAUGGCGGCGAUGUGCCUUUCAGUGCUACCACUUUGGCGGACGUUGCCAAGGGGGUUUUGGGGGUCAUUCAACAUCAGGCCGAGACUGCGAAUCGGAUUGUCUACAUCCAUUCUGCUGUGGUCACCCAGAAUAGACUGAUUCAGUAUGCUGAAAAAAAGGACGGAAAGGCCUGGCAGACCGCUGUGAAAAGUACCGACGAAGUCAAGCAGGAAAGCUUCGCCGAAUUAGCGAAAGGCGCGCAGGCAGACAUUGAUGCGGCAAUGCUCGGGUUCUGUAUUCUGGCCUCGUGGAGUCCUGAAUACGGAUGUGACUUUUCGGCCCACUUGGAUAAUGAACUGCUAGGCGUGAGGCAGAUGGACGAGGCUGAACUCAGGGCAUUGGUGGAACGUCUUUUGUAAUGGCUGAGUCCUUGGUAGAAUGCCGUGACU